AUGAACUACACCCCAGCGGGUACACCAAAGCGCAACCCCAGUCCCAGCCCCAUCUCGCCGCGGCAAUGGAACGCUAUCCUCCACAAGGAACAUCUAAAAUUGGAAGCUGGGAUCCGCAAGGAUCAUCUAAAAAGGGACCUUAUGGCUCUGAGGUCCAAACUAGAGGUCCUGGCAGUCGCAGAACAGACUGCAAGCACUGGGUCUGAGCCUAGCGUUCUCAGCCUCAAAGCAUGCACAUUAUGGUACGCAAUAAGCAGCGCCGUGCUGAUCUGGAUCCCGCCUGAGACUCUUGCUCUUGCGACGCUCAAGGGUCUAGGCCUCUACCUCACAGCGACGGGGUUCUGGUUUUGCGGACUGGAAUUUGGCGAGAGGGUUUUGGCCAAAUGGUGUCGGCGCACGGUGCAGGGGUUGCUGGAUGCUGCGGAGCAUGGCACGCUUCAUAGGCAGAAGGGGGAUGCGCUGGAUGGGGUGGAGUUUUGGUGUCUCGGGGUGGUUAGGAGGCAGUUACGGCGUCCUUGUUUGGUGGUUGGAACUACGAUGCGGGCUUGCGAUUGGGUUCGACAGACCUGCUGUGCUGUUACCGGGCCUGUUUCGUGGCUGGGGCUAGCUAUCCACAAAGCCUCUUUAGACUCUGCUCCACCGUCAACCCAUCCCCAGCCCCUUCUACUUCCCUCAUCCCUUCCCACCAUUCCCCCGCAAAGAAAUGCCCCUACAACCCGCACCCUUGGCCCCAACGACCCCCAAAUCCCCAGCAUGGGCCUCGGCCUCGGCAGCCUAAGCGGCUUCUACUGCUCCCCCAGCCCCCUCGAAGCCAGACUGUCUUUGCUAGACCACGCGUAUGCCAUUGGCCUGCGCUUCUGGGACAUGGCGAACAUCUACCUCGACGCCGAAGAUCCAGUCGGCGAAUGGGCGAGGCGCAACCCCGGCAAACGAGACGACGUCUUCGUCGCGACGAGGUUCGGGCUCCGAGGCAGGAGGAUGGGUCGCAUACGUUCCGCUCAGAUCGAUAAGGAGUCUAGCGGAGAACGCGAGGAAGGGGGUUCGAGGGGAGAGGUAUCCUGCUGCGGUUAUGGCAACAUUGCACUCGGAUACACCAGAAUGGAACUGAAACCACAUAACUGCAAAGCUUUAAACCCCAAACCACAACAUGACAAUCCUCAGCGCCCUCUCGUACUCGCUGAUAUCCAGGAAAUACCGCCACGGACUGACUCCCACAUUCAGCGCCGUACACUGAUAGUCAAUGGCGACCGGUGCAUCACGAUGCGCCUGGCUGAACUUGGUCCCGACCGAGGCGGCGCCCGUAUAGCUCGCAAAGCCGACCAUGACCACGGCCCACAACGCGAGACAGGACAGGGGCGAGAAGAAAGCUACAGGCAGGGUGUUCGCAGGGUAGCCGGGGGUGCGGAAGUCGUUGCUACCGAAGAGCCACGACUUGGAGCACAGCUGCUCGGUCGUGCAGGUAGACGUUCCGGGCCAGACAGAGGUGUCGUCGGCUUUGCAGGUGUAGCGGUCGUUGACAAAGGUGGUGUCUCGGAUGAUGUAGACGACGUAGAAGGUUGCGCCCCAUUGCAGGGCCGCCAGCAAGCGCAAGAUCCAGGGCAGUGCUUUCCUGGCUCCAGGAGAACGAGCGAGGAGGCAGCGCGACGGUCUGGGGUCGUGCCGCGCAACGGUGAGGGCAAAGGAGAUCCACCACCACAGGGUAGGCCCGCAGAUAUCCCAGAUGGUGAAGAUCCAGUCGAGGAAGCCAAGCUCUCGGAUGCCCUUGCAGCGCUUCUCCGACUCGUCGUCAUCGAAGAACGGACACACACCUUUGAACGCCCACAAGGCGCUCAGCGCGCUGAAGCUGGUGAACCACCAUCCGCCAAAGGUCGUACCCCCCAUGGCGCGACGGUUGACCGAGGAGGGGAUGACCUUGAAGUCGCUGAAGCAGCUCAUCGCAUCGCACCAUUCGAAUGGGGUGCCUUCGGUCGUCCAGUUGGGAUAGAUGGUCCAUUUCGAGCCAAUGAUGUGGUAUCGACCGGGGCCAUCAACGCCACCGGCGAAGUCUGCCAUCAUGCUGCAGUUGACUGCGUUCGUGGGGGCGCUGGCGGCGCAUUCAGCGAAUCGCGAGUUCUUGUACAGGUCAAAGUCCGGAUACGUGGUGUUGUAGAACUUGACCAUCAUCAGGAUGAAGAGACCCGCGACGGCGAGGACAUUGAUCGCCCCGAGCACGAUGAAGAGCCAGGUGCACCAGACGACGAGUCGUCGAUACCACCGAUUCGAUCGAUACCAGAUGUUUUCUCCCCAGUCGACGCGCUUGCAGGAUCGAUCGCAUUUCGCCGUGUUGUUGCACAGCGAUAA